UCGCUCUUCUCCCACACCCGAAACGGCACGGUACCACACCGACCAAGCCCACACUAGUUGUUCCUUCCUCCCCGUGGAAGCUUCUCCCCCAACCUCACUGCUACUGUGCGACCCAGGCGCAGGCGCGCGUGUUAUCCUCUUCUUGGGGAUGGCGACGGUGAUGCACCGGUCGAGCUCGGGGUCCAGCAGCGGCUGGUCGGAGGCGGCGGCGGCAGCGGCGGCGGCGGCGGGGGAGGAGGAGAGGGCCGGGUGGGAGGUCCGGCCGAGCGGGAUGGUGGUGCAGGCCAGGGACAGGGAGGACGGCGGCGCCGCAGCGGUGCCGCCCAGGCCGCCGCCGCCGGAGAUCAGGGUGCGGGUCAAGUACGGCGCCGCCCGCCACGAGGUCGCCGUCUCCUCCAUUGCCACCUUCGGUGAUCUGAAGAAGGCGCUGGCGGCGAGAACGGGGCUGCACCCGGCGGACCAGCAAGUUACGUACAAGGGGCGGGAGCGGGGCAACUCCGAGUACCUGGACGCGUGCGGCGUCAAGAACAAGUCCAAGCUCGUCGUCUCCGAGGACCCAGCCAGCCUCGAGCGCCGCUACAUCGAGCGGCAGAGGGCCGCCAGGAUCGAGGCCGCCAACCGCGCCAUUGGCGCCGUCGCGCUCGAGGUCGACAAGCUCGCCGACCAGGUAACAAGCAUCGACAAGUCGGUCUCCGGCGGGACCAAGGUGGCGGAGGUGCAGAUCACGACGCUGAUCGAGCUGCUCAUGCGGCACGCCGUGAAGCUGGAGACCAUCCCCGCCGACGGGGACUCCUCCUCGCAGAAGAACAUCCAGGCGAAGAGGGUGCAGAAGUGCGUGGAGGCGUUGGACGUGCUCAAGGUGUCCAACGCGCGGCUGCAGCAGCGGGCGGCGGUGGUGGUGACUACGAAAUGGGAGACGUUCGACAACGCCCCGCCUGUGACGACGAAGUGGGAGAUCUUCGACUGAAAGCAGCAGCAGCAGCAACAAAGAUUUAUAUAGAGUGCUCAUUUCAUAUACAGAUUGUUCAUCGUUUGUCCCGUCCUAGUUUUUGUGUCCGUCCCCCUUGCCCGUUAUUCAUUUUGCAAUCGCGGUGAGUUGAGCUGGUUUUAGGUUAGGUCGCAGUUGCGUAAGGACAGGAUCCCACCAUUUGUUUUGUUUGUAAUCAUCGUCAGUCACACCGACCCACCCGAUUGAUGGAUCUCACUCCAAUAAACAGAAAGCAGCGCUGUUCUUUAGUGUACUCUCGAGUGUAAUGUGGAGUAAUGAAUAAUGAUAGUGUUGAGAUUUGAGCCA